AUGAAACUUCAAGAGGAAGCCGCUGGGAAGAGUCGGCACCUCGUGAAAAUCAGGCCUUUUCUGGAUCGUCUUUCGAUGUACUCGAACGUAAUUGGGACCUUUGUGCAAGCUAAGCCAGAGAUCCUGGCGUUGAUAUGGGGUCCUCUCCAGCUCCUCUUGCAAUGGUCAAGUCAAAUGACGAGCGCCUUGGAUAAGGUCGUGCUUAUCCUGGUCGAAGUAGGGCACGCCUUGCCACACGUUGAGCUGAUGAGUGGAACUUUCGGGGCGAGUGAUACCGUCAAGGCCUUGAUGGCGUUGUUCUACGAGGAUAUUUUGGAUUUUUACCGCGUCAACUUUGACUUCUUUCGCAAGCCGCGCUGGCAGCAAAUGCUUGAUGCUUUGUGGGACAGCCACCUGCUGAAACUCAACGUCGUGGUAGCCAACCUCAAGCAACACUCAGCCCUCCUGAGAGAUGAGGUGACGCUGCUCGACAUCCAAGAAGCUCACGAGAACCGUAUUCGUUCUCUUGCCCACUUUGAGGAAACGAAUAUCUUUCAGCAGAGUCAGAAGUUCUUCAGUCUGCGUGACCGCAUCUCCGUUAAUAUGUACGAUGACCGGCUCGACUGGAUUCGCAACAGGUCUGUUCCGGGGUGCGAAGAAUGGCUGUUGGUCGAUACAUACUUCUGUGAGUGGCAGGGGGGUGUGAACGACGCUAACAAUAAACCUACCGUAUGGCUCUGGCUACAUGGCAUCCCGGGGUCGGGGAAGACGUACCUUUGCGGCGCGGCGAUUGAUCACCUUCGGCAAACCCUAAAAAAGCAAACCCUGUUUGUCUUCCUCAGCUGUGCAAACAAUGCCAAUCAGACAGCCCUCUCGGUAUUGCAGUCGUUUGUUUUCCAAGCAGCAGAGGACGACAUCGACCUCCAGGCAGUAUUGAAUGACGCCACAGAACGCGAAUUGCGCGGAAACACGGGGUAUGUCUUGGACCUGUUCAAGACGUGGCUUCUGGGAGCUGGGCCUACAUUGUGUGUUAUGGAUGGCCUCGACGAAAUGGACCGCGAUGAGAGACAGAUUCUAUUGCAGCGGUUGGACGAGCUCACAAAGGCAUGUAGUGAACUACGUCUUCUGAUCUGUAGUCAAUCCGAAGCGGACAUAUCCAGAGUACUUGAGCGGAAGGCGGCAGGCAUCCAGGUAAAUAAGAGGAAUUCUGGCAGUAUCCAGGCCUACAUCAAUACUAGGUCCGAUAACUGGAUAAGCAAUCGGAGAUUUGACUCCAAGCUUGGUCUCGAGCUGCGUGAGCUUCUAUCCCCGUUAUCAGCCAAGGCAGAUGGCAUGUUUCUUUUUGCACGAAUCAUUCUCGACAGUGUGGAUGAGAUCAGCAUAGAUGAAAUUCGACGUGAACUCAAAGCGAUGCCGAACGAUUUGAAUGAAGCGUAUCAGCGCAUCUUCGAUAGAAUCAAUGGAAUGAGUUCCCGCCGCCGAGAAAAGAGCAGAAAAGUCCUGGGCUGGAUUGGCUGCGCCCCCAUACCCAUGACCAUAUUCGAAAUGGAACAGGCUCUAUUGAUUGACACGGAUCCCGAGCGCACCGCGUGGAUAUCGACAGGCAUUGCCACGCAGGAUUUUAUCUCAUUAUGUGGUCCUCUUAUUGAGAUUGUUGAUGGCAAACUGCAGUUUGUUCACUUCACUGUCCGAGAUUACAUCUUCGGUCGCCAAAUCCCCAACCAUAUUAACGAGGGGGGGAGCGACGCGAGAUUUGGCAGCAGCAUUUCUAGCUUACCUUGCAUCGGAUUUACUAGAUCCAGACCUUGA